AUGGUCUUCUUUGCUGAAGGAGUUGGAGCGGGUGAAGAGAAGGAUUUGGAUACUGCCGGAGGAAGAGCUGGGGUGUCGGCGGCCGGCGAGGGGGUCUGGACUGGCUUUGUUGGAGAGGCGGGUGCGGCGGCGGGUAUUGGGGAUGGUUUAGUCGGGGCGGCGGCCACUUUCUUCUUCUUAUCCUUCUUUCCCUUCUUGCUCGGAGCAGGGGCCGGCACUUCAGCCGGCUGCGGCGGGGGUAGUGUCGGCUCCGGGCUUGGGCGGCGGCGGGAGGGGAGGAUGAGGGGGCUUGGGCGGCGGCGGGAGGGGAGGAUGAGGGGGCUUGGGCGGCGGCGGGAGGGGAGGAUGAGGGGGCUUGGGCGGCGGCGGGAGGGGAGGAUGAGGGGGCUUGGGCGGCGGCGGGAGGGGAGGAUGAGGGGGCUUGGGCGGCGGCGGGAGGGGAGGAUGAGGGGGCUUGGGCGGCGGCGGGAGGGGAGGAUGAGGGGGCUUGGGCGGCGGCGGGAGGGGAGGAUGAGGGGGCUUGGGCGGCGGCGGGAGGGGAGGAUGAGGGGGCUUGGGCGGCGGCGGGAGGGGAGGAUGAGGGGGCUUGGGCGGCGGCGAUGGAGAGGAGUGAGAGGAAGAAGAGAGCCCGGAGAUCCAUUUGUGAGAGAAGAGUGA